AUGUACCGAAGGGAGAGCAGCGAGCGACUGCGCGGCUCCGCCUUCGGCUCCCGCGCAGCAUCCUCUUAUCAUACGGAUACAGCGUUGCCACACCAGGUGUACAGCGACACUGUGGGGUCGCACGAGGGCCGCGGCCAAGGCCAAGGGCGCUGCGAAGAAGAGGUCAGUAUUCAGCACGGAGAGGAAGACGACACAUCCCGGCUUGCAUCGACGCAGAGCUACGGAGAGCGCUCCUCCAUGAGCGCCGCGACUUUUGCGCGUUCCGGCGGCGCUCCACCCGCGAGCGCGCAGGUGGAGAGGUCUGUGUACACCCCGCAUCGCACCUCGCCACAUGCGUCCGUUGCGCUGCCUUUCUCUGUUGGCCCCUCCAUCCGCUUGCCCGCAUCACCGGCGGGCUGCCUGAGACCUUCUUCCUUAAUCGCGGAGGACGCUGCUUCUAAUCCAGCGGCGGCGGCGGGAGGCGGGCGCGUUACGACUUCUCACCCUCUGCCUGGUGUUCUAGACGUGAAAGUCAUAGAGACAGACGUGGUCGACCCUCCGUUUCGGAGCGAGAUUCAGUGCCGCAUUUGUGGUCUGUCUGUUCUUCGAAGCGACUGGGAGGCGCAUCAGGUCACAACGCUGCAUCGGCGGCGGCUGCGUGAGUGUGCUACCGCAUGCGGCAGCUGCAGCGGCUCCUCGUCUCGCCCGCUGACAGCGGUGGUGCAAGGUAGCAGCAUAAGCCAGCCAGCGGCCGCCGCGGGCUUCAGGGGUUUGCAGGGACCAGUGGUUUCUGGGGACGCGCAGAAGGCUUCAUCCUCAGCGACACCAUCUGCACGUGCGCCGGCGCUGAGUAGGGAGAACCCCCAAGAACGCAGCCAAGCCGCCGCAGAGGUGGAGAGGCGGCCAUCUUCUCGCCCACAUCCAUCUCGCCGCAAGCUAGACUCAGCCAGCUCCGACACUGCCUCGUCCAUGUACAGUACUAGCAGCAGCUCCACGAGCAGCAGCAGCAGUGGUACAAGGAGUAUUAGCAGUUCCAGCGCGGGUAGCACCCGUAGCAGAAGUGCAGUGUCGAAAGGCAGCGCCGCACGCGGCCGUUCUGACGUCAGCGCUGUCCCCCACGCCACCCCUCCUCGGCCAAAUGGGCAACCCCUCGCCCCCGCUGCGCCUAGCAGUCCCACGCCGUCUUUCGUGUUGCCUCCUCUCUCUCCUUCGCGCUUCUCCGCGGCAUCGUCUGCGUCCGCUGCCGCGUGCCUCGCUUCUCUGCCGGUGAAGGCGCUUGAUUCAGAUGAAGCGGCAGCCGCCGUGCACUGUGCGCAGCCCCCUGAGGAGGAGCAAGAGCGGCGGCGCGUCAGAAAGCUAGAGAAACAGCUGAGCUCAUACCUCUCUCAUCACGAGCACAAGGUGCUGGCAGCGUGUGUGCGGCGGUGGUAUGAGGCGAUGUUCACCAAGGCAACCGCGCCUAUUACCGACUCAGAUCCGCCGAAGCGAGGGGGUGGUGCAGUCGUUGUGGCCAGUGCUCCCUGCUCACCGAGGGGCUGCGCGGGGACAUCGCUGUCCCCGGAAACGGUCAGAGCCCACCGCGUCGCGGUCACCUCUCCAUCGCCGCCCCGUGUCUCGGAAAUGGUGCUUGACAACGUCGAUUCCACGCCAUACGAGCCGGGCGUGUCGUCAGCCCCACACAACUCCACCAGUCCGGCAGUCUCGGCAGCUGCUAACGGUGCGGCGUUCCGGAGUCACGGCCAGGACAAUCGCUCGCGCGACGUAGCCGAGGAAAGAGUCGAUGACGGGGAUAGAGGAUCCCUCUCCCGGCGCAGCAACACCCAGCAGCCAGCGUCACCGAGCUGUUCCAUGCCGCACUGCGGUGAGGACAUGCAGAUGAACCGUCCAGCAGCUGUCGGUGUGAAGUGCGCUGCUUCUCCUCAAGUUGUAGACGCGAACCCGAUGCACACUGAGCACGCCGGCGUGUUGAUGACCCGUGGAGAGGGCGAGCCCACACCUACGCCGUUUUUCACAACCUGCGUCAAGUCCUACGCGCGCGUUCAUGUCACUGCGGACGGCUAUGCCUUUCCAGCGGAAGUUCGCUGCGGCACCAGGGAUGGCAGCGCAGAGAGCGAGGCGCAAGAUUUGGAGGUGAUGCAGACGAAGGUGAGCUGGGUGGUCCGGCCGGCGAGUCGACCGGCCGCGGCGCGCCGUUCCAGCUCCGAUUCUUCGGAUAGCACCGCUGCCCGAAGAGACUGGAGGAGCGCUAUUGGUUGCAGCGGUGCCGCAGUGGGUGCUGCAGCCGCAGCUGCUGCUGCACGCGGGAGCACAUCUGAUUCCUUGCAGCCUCCUGCUAACUCGCCAGGCGUAGAAGCCGCGUGGUGGCAAGCGAGGGGCAAGGUUGCGGGGCGGCACGGCAAUAGCCGAGCUCAGCCUCGCUGCGCCGCAAAGGGUGCGCGCGGCACCGUGUCUGGUAGGCGGCCCCAUCUGCCGCAACCGCAUUCGGCAGCUCCUAGCAACGUUGCUGGAUACGGCAGGUAUGGAGACGAUGACGGGGACGUGGGCGCGCGCGCUGUCGGCGAUGCAGCGGCGUCGGAGGAGCCGCCCGAGGCGAGGCGCCGUCGGCACCGCACGAAGCACCACCAUAGCGGUAAGCCUAAAGCAGAGGAGUGGAGGUCUUUGUCAAGGAAGAAGCGUCGCGGCUACGGUGGCGACGAGAGAGCCGAGGGCGACUGCGUGUCACGGCGUACUCAGACACCAGAUGAGGAGGAAGCCCACGCCAGUGCCGUGCACCAGCCUCCGCACCGGGCGGAUGCCUCAGGGACGGAGGCGACUAGUGCUGUGAGCGCCAUACUUUACGCUGGAGGCAAGGGCGGCGGCUGCGACAGCGUGGAGCGGACCGGCGAGGAGCGACACCGCCACAAGGGAACGGGUGACAGGAGGGAGGGGAAGAGGGAGUCUGGCCAGCCCUAUUCAAGCGACUCCGCUGCUACGGCUGCGACCCCCAUCCCAUCUGGCGAGGCGGACGCGAGCACCGAGGAGGACGAAGGGGAGUUGUGCGAGCCGUCGCCGCUGACCUCCGAGGCUGCGGGAGGAAGGCACGCAGUUUCGACGGGGCUGGCGGUGCCAAAAUGCAAUCGAUCGAGCACGCUGGAUGAAGCAUCGCCACGGCAGUCAUCGAACGCACCGCCACCGAAAGCAGCGGCGUCAAAGAGAGACCCGUUUAGCCACGCUGGGGCUCUGAAAGACGACCACGCUAAAGCUGCCUCGCCAUCCUCCUCGAUCGCGCUCACAGGCGCGUCGGGAGAGCGUUCCUCCUCGAUUUCGUCGUCAUCGUUCUCAUCGCCGUCGUCUUUCAGUUACAGCAUCGGUAGUGAUAGCGACAUGGCCGAGCUUGCCGCUCGCCUCUCGCCCAGCACCCAACAGCGCGCAUGGCAGCUGCUCCGUCCGGGGAGCGCGCCGUCGCUACUUGCCCACUCCGCCGGUGUGCCAAAGAUGCCAGCGUGCGCGUCAGACACGCAGCAACACCGUGAGCCCGACCUGGCGGCAGCGAUCAUGUCGGCAACGCAGACGCUGACCAGCGCCUUCGUUGCAGGGCAGGGCAACCCAGCAGCUCAGGCAGAGGAGGAAGAGCAGGCCCGGCUCGGGUACCUGCCCGCUAUUCCAUUCUCUGCUUCGGCGCCCCUGAUGCCGCAGGAUGUGCGCGGUCGCGGCGCGGCGGCGGCAACGACGCCCAUAGCCGAUAUCCUGUCUGGCGUCUUGACCGGGGUGCCAGGCGGAGACGGUGGUCACGCUGCUGCCUCAGAGACUGGCGAGCAGAGCGCCGCACAUGGUCCCCAUCAUCAUCUCUAUCGUAGUCACCCACGUGAUGCGAACGCGGCCGUGCAGCUUCCCAAGACGCUGCUGGCGUUGCACGUGAUGAGCGCUGGCGCGGCGAGCAGUUCAGUCGUGGCUCCGCCUGUGGAUGCACUCGACGGGCGUGUCUCCGAUUGUGACGGCGAUGCCGCGCAGCCGCCACAGGAGCCGUCGGUGUCCUUUGUUGUGAAUCAGGCAAGCGCUGAGGUAGGGCUGCUGCUGCCAUCGUCGUCUGGCCACCCAUACAAUUUUGGCGGUCCACCGUGCUGCGGCAGCGGCAGGGGCGGGCAUGCGCGUGCCGGCCCUCGUCCCUUCCUUGGUGCGACGCUCGUUGCGAGACAGAGCGGCGAUGACAAGGAGGAGAGCAGUGUGGCCGGGAUGCCGUCUGCAGAGCGCUACGACGACGUGUACCUUGCCUACGCACACGAGGCGGCAACGACAGCAACGCACGGCGUGGACGAGGGGCGUGCGCAGCAAGGCAGCGGUGCUCCAGAAGAGCACGCAACUGUGGGGCAGAGCGGCAACGCUGACGAUGUUCUGCCCCCAUCCUCGAUACCGCCGACUGGACUAGGCGUUCUUCAAGUGUCUCGGCAACCCUCUCGUGCCUUGUUUGCCGCGGUGAGCGAACGAGUCACAGGUGCCCCCGAGGAUGCGUCCUCGGCAGUGCAGCUUCCUCCGUCAUCCUUUUCCACGCAUGCGCUAGUUGAACCAGGCGUUGCGCAGUCGCCUGCCGAGGGACUUCGCCUGCAUGCAGUGGAGGUGGCGCAGCGAUGUAGUGCCACUGCUAAUGCCGCCGCAGGGCCUGCACGCGACUUGCACGGUGUGCCCAGCGAAGGAGCCGCAACAGAGGGGAGGCGUAUGCUUGCGCCUGCUGGAGCUGUGGGUGCUGACGUCGACGAGGGACGACGACUGGUAGGUGGCGUUGCACCAACAGCUGCCUAUACAUCAGAUGCUGAAGUGGCACAGGCACCGAGCUCGCUCUCAUCCGCUACAGGUAGUGGGCCGACGGCGACGCGGACCGGUGCCGGAGCACUGGUGCCUUUCCGCCCCAUCCCUCAACUCCACAAGGCCGUCGCUGAAGGCCCUGGCGCAGCGCUCCCGAGAACGAACCAGCUCCUCGCAGCGUCCCCUUUCGCGUUCUCUAGCGGCGGGAUGCGAGCCGCGAACCCGGCAGAUGCCGUAGUGCCAAGCUCAGCGCCAGCGCAGCUGCACGUCGAUCCUUUACGGGGGCCGAUGUGGAACAUGGACCAGGCAGCGAAGAGGCGACCUCUCUCGCUUGACCAGCACACCUACACCGUCGCUCCCACCACAAGCGCGGCCAUCGAGAGUGGCGGUGAUGCAUCUUCGUGGCCUCCGCGCCCUGCGGAUGGCAGGCACGUUGGGAAGACCACUAGUGGAACCCCUCACCCUGGUCUUCACCCAACGACGGCUUCUGAGGCGGCAGGCUUCAGCGCAGUCUGGCGCGACGCUGCGGGAGCAUCCGGCACCGCGCUUGUGCGCAUGGCCGAGCCACUGAAUACGCCGCCGUGCACCACCCUUGUGCCUUGCUCGAGGGCGGAUGGCGCAGGUGGGUUUCUCUAUGACUUUCCCUCUCUGAAGAUUCCAGUGCUGCGCGCCAGAGGUGACCGAGACGGCUUGGACGAAGACCCGCCACAGCUCGCUCGUGGUCGGCGGCUGAGAGGUACACGCCUCUCGAGGGGGGCCACCGCUCAAGCCGCAGUGGUGACGGGUUCUGGUAAUGUGCCCCUUUUAGUGCCGUACGCCCUGCUGCCUGCAGCCGAAUGCACCGAAUCUUCUCCCGAAACCCUCGUGCAGCCUCAGCAGUCGACGCUGGACAACCAUCCUCCCCGCCCGUUUCGGUUGCCGCACCUGCGUGACGUAGAAGCUGGUAUUAGCAACCUCGGUGGCAACAUCGUCACCUGCAGCCCCACACAGCAUCCCGAGGCAGCCGAGGCGAGCGCGCUCUCAGGCGCGUUGGCGCCAGCCUCAGCCGGCACCGCGCACACAGUGAGCUGCUUGCCACACGGGGUGAUGCCUACGACCCACCCGUAUUGCUACGCGACCCUCAAGGGAGCUGCUGGUGGUGAGCCCAGCACCAAGCGCGACGAUCGCAUUGCUGAAAGCGAGUUGGUUGCGACGGCCCUGCGAUCGACCUUAGCGGUGCGCGCGUCUUUGGGCGAGGGCCUGGAGGACAGCGCGCUGCACCACGCCUCCGCCUCUUUCACUGCAGUGACACCAUUGGUCGCAGCGGCAGCAUCAGGGCUUGGUGCAGCACGCGACGCCUCUCCGCUGUCCUCGUCGCCGUCCUCGUACUCGCACGCGAGUCCUGCAAGAGUGCACCCGAACAGACGCCCGUCUCAUCAUCGCCGCCAUUGUGAUGGGCCAGCUGCUUCUCAGAAGAAGAGCCGCGAGGAACGAAGGAAGCAGAGAGGGUCGGGGCAGGAAAGCCGCCGCGAUGGCGAUGCUUCAUUAGGACAUCACCGGCAGCACCGUCACCAUCGGAGCGGCCGCCGACACGAGGAAGACAGCAACGACGAAACGCACCGCUCGCAACACCGACGCCAUCAUCGUACGCAUGCGAAGCACCGCGUGUUGCGACACGGACGUGAGAGGCCGCAGGUACAGGACACCAGCGCGACGGCUGCACAACAAGCGCACCUUCCUCUGCUAUAUGCACUCGAAGCAUCCCCGCAGCAGGGCCUCACGGGUGCAGACUGCCGUGACGUGCCCUACGUUGCGCAAGAGGCUGGCAAGCGGCUGCCGUCCGGAGCUCGCCCGCCGCACCCAUACCGGGUUGCACCCCCGUCUGCACCAGUGCUGCCGGGCGCCUUUGGGGACGAGGCGCUUACGAGAGGCAAGGACCAUUAUGGGCAACCAGCGGCUCCUUGCAGCGACGACAUGGCACGUGCGGCGAGGCAGCGCCGUUCUCAUCGCGGUGGCAGCAGCAGCGCACCGCACAUCAGAGAUGGCGCAAGCGAUGAGGACGCCGCGCUGAGCAGACAUCUGUAUCGGCGACCCGGCGAGCGCGAGCGCGCCUGGGGCCACCGACACCGCUGUCGGCGAAGGCCAAGUGCCUCAGUCCUGUCAACGUCCUCAUCGUCGUCGAGGAGCAUUGGCAGCAGCAGCGGCAGCCGCGUCAGUAGCGGCGGUGACAUCGAGGUGGUCAGCGCUGGUCCCCCUUGCCGCGGUCGCGCCGCAGCGCGGGUAAGCGUUCCGCCAAGCACGGCUGCGGACGUCGCCCGAGAACCAGACAGCGGCGACGUUCCGGGAGGAAAAGAAGAGGUGGGCGCAGCAGAGCGCAGCCGAAGCGACGAUGCGGCGCACAGCGUCGAGGCACCGCCGCGGCAGCCGAUGAUGUCGAUCGAGGCAUGGCGGGGAGAGCGCGGCGCGCAGCUGCCCUCCGAACUUGAGUGGGGGUCAGCCGCUGCGCACGGUAUGUCCACAAGAGCGGACGUGUGCGUGCCCGAGAUCAGGCCGUCUGCAAACGCGAGGGCAGGCAUCGGUGCGACCAGCUAUGCCCCUGUGCGCGGAGAAGCUGUUGAUGGUAAAGGGGCCCGCAGCGUCGACUCCCACCAACCACCGGAACUUGCUGGCAGUAUACAUGCCACUGUGCAGGAAUCGCCCGCAGGGGAUGAAGAUGGCGUUCUUCUAUCCCGUGCGUCGUCCACCGCAGCGCCUGCCGGAUCGGCGCCGGGGAAACACGCACCUGGCGCACAGGCACCGUGUAGUGGGGCACACGGGUCGGCUUAUGUGUCCUCCGCGAAACUCGGGCGUCCUCGUCGGCCUUCCGCGGACACCGCGACGGCCAGCACGACGAGGGGGCAAGACGCAGUGGACGGGCAGCCGGCGCCUCCCCAACACGGCGAUCUCCUCUACCGCGACAGCGCCGGUCGCUUCCACCGCGUCAACAGCGCGGAGCUGCCAAGCGUCUUGGCAGGUGAAGUGCGAUGGCGCACCUCACCUGAACCUUCGCAAAGCCCGCCCGGAAGCACACGCCGCCCGCUGUACGUUGUUCACAACCCCGCACCGUCCGCGUGCGCGAUUACGGGAAGGCAGGCGCGCCGCGCGUGGACAAUCACAAAUCCCACGAACUCCCUCGGCUGCGGCCGUCUCAACCCAUACUGCUCCUCAUGCCGCGCCAAGUACAAUCUCAUGUUUGUUGACCCUCAGAUGCGACCAGUCCAGUGGCCGUCGGCUCAGUCUGCUGAGCUGGAUCAGAUGGGUGACUGUCGCAUCCACAGCGGGUACAUUUUCGGCGGCGGCGACACAGAGUCUAAGCGAGACGCGAUGCUCGUCCAGCAGCGACUGCGGUCGAAGAGGAUGGCGGCGUGGCCGGAGUUGCCGCACUCUGGCAGAGAUCACCUCAUCGUUCACGAGGAGGAUCUCGAUGGCCCGCUGCGCCAGCUCGCGCCGCCCCCUCAGGGGCGCUUUGUUCACAUCGCGUACGCAGAGGACAUGCGACUUCCCGUUGGCCCGGCGCUUCGUCGUCGAGCGCCGCUACUCGCAGCGUCGGCCGGCCGGAGCUUCGCCUUUUUGCCGUCAUCAGCGGCGCUCUCGCAGCUGCCACGGCACCCCGUUCCAGGUGAUGCGUCCGGCGAUGCGCUGCGGUUUGUUACCUCCCCUGCCGGGGAGAGAGUGAGCGAUUGCCCACCCGCCUCGAGCGCGCACUGGUACCCCAGCACCAUACGAAGCGGCACGUGCAGCUACGACAGCUACCUUCGAAACCCGACACGUGGCCGCAACUCUCCUCACAACCAGCACAAGCGCUGCAGCUCUUGCAAUGCGAAGGACGUUGGCAGUGCACCUGUCAACCAGCUUGACAAGUUUGCGGAAGUGACGGCCGCCAAAAGCCGUCAGCCCCCGCCGCAGAGCUAUCCAGCGUUGGAGACGGUGGGGGUCGCGAAGCGACUGGUGGGCGACGACGCCGGCGCCACCGCGAGCACGUCCGCCGCUACAUCGGGGAUGGCCGCAGAGCCUGCCAGCGUUUCGGCUUUGCGCCAGGAGGAGCGCCGGAUCAAGAAGGCUCUAAAGCAGCUUCUCUGGCGUGACUUGCCACAGCAGCGAGGGACGGCAGAGUGGGAGAACUACCUGCGCUCGCUUAGUGAGGGGCUCCGGCAGCAGCCCGGUAUUGCACUCUCGCUUGUGCCUCCGCUUCCAGUGCAGGUGGUGGAGACGGUGCAAGCUUCCCUUAUAGACAGCGCAGCCAAAUCAUGA